CCAGCUAUCAGUUUCCACGCCAUGCACAUCUUCUCCCCUUUAGGGUUCACGGCGUCAGAGCAUGUAUAAAUACAUACGCUCUGCACUUCAUGCAAACCUUGCUUUUUCUUUUCCAACCUAGGGUUGCCGUAGCCUUGAGUCCUUCAGUGAAAAUCCUCCACAACUAUUUUUCCACCCCUCACGGCCAUCACAUUCCCACGCAAAGGUCUGCCCAACCCCACACCGCAGCUUAAGUCCACGUCCAGGAAGAACACGUAGCCAAGGUAACAACUAACAGCUACCCCACGUGAUGUCCAGCAACCCACCUCUUCUUUCUUUAGCCACCACGUCGCAACCCCCUUUCCUCUGCUCAGCCACCGUGCAAACGCCAAACAGAAACCAAGAACCUAACAGCCUCUGUUUUUAGCAACCGAAACAGAGCAACCCUCGCAUCCACCAGUCCAUCGCAGCUCCUCACGUCGAGCACUGCCAAAGGAAGCAAGACGCCGUCCACCUCCGCAGAAAGUGCCGUCGGACACUACACGCCACUACAAGUCCGCCGCUUUGCUCUCGACUAUGAUCACAAGGAGAUCAUCAUAAUAUCAUAUGUAUUUAUCUGCCGCCAUGGUUAUACAGAAGAAUAUGAGCGAAGGCAAGAAAACCAGAGGCCGACAAAGGAUAGAAAUCAAGGAACUGGCGGAGGAAAGCAAAAAACAAGUAACUUUCUCGAAGCGCCGUGCCGGCCUCUUCAAGAAAGCCGGCGAGCUUUGUGUCUUGUGCGGCGCGGAAGUGGCCAUCAUCGUGUUCUCUCCGCAUAACAACGUGUUCUGCUUCGGCCACCCAGAUGUUGAAACUGUGCUCGACCGCUAUCUCACUGGAAAUCAUUCAUCCUUCUCGCGCACGAGUUCGUCUGAUUUGCUCGACCAGAACCUCAAUAACGUUAAUAAUGUGGGUGCAGCGGAGUUGAUGAACAUACAAUAUGCGGAGGCGCAGGAGGAGUUGGAAAGGGAGAAGAAGCGGCUAGUGGAGAUAGAGGAGGAGGUGAAGAGGAAGAAGAUGGAGAACAAUGGGGAGUACUUGUGGUGGGAGGAGGCGGUGCUUGAGAAUAUGGAGUUGGAAGAGAUGGAGCACUACAUGAGUGCUUUGCAAGAGAUGCGAUGGAAAGUGGGGAGCAGGCUUGAACAGUUUAGGAUGAUGAGAUCUGCUACUCAUGAUGCUUGCGCCUGGGAUUCGUGGGGAACUAUGUUGCUUUAAUUUUAUCAAGAUUAAUGACUUCUCCCAUGCAUCUUUAUUCAGAUUAAAGACUUAAUUCGUUUUUCUUUCUUUGAAAACAUGAAACUUGUGUUUGAAUAUCUGACCUAAUUAGGACGGAAUUAAAUAUAUUUUGGGUAAUCUUUUUUUCUCACUUAAUUGCAUUGCAUGGAGAGACUUAACCUGU